UUUCUGGCCGUUCCCCCCGGUUUCUGAAGAGCGUCGAGGAAGAUGGAGAGCCAGUGCGGGGCGCAAACAUCAAAUCAGACGCAGACAGAUUCGUUAUCUCCAUCCCCUAAUCCUGUAUCACCUGUGCCUUUGAAUAACCCAACAAGUGCCCCAAGAUAUGGAACAGUGAUCCCUAAUCGCAUCUUUGUAGGAGGAAUUGACUUUAAGACAAAUGAAAAUGAUCUAAGAAAAUUUUUUUCCCAAUAUGGGUCUGUAAAAGAAGUGAAAAUUGUAAAUGACAGAGCUGGAGUGUCCAAAGGGUAUGGUUUCGUCACUUUUGAAACACAAGAAGAUGCACAAAAAAUUUUACAAGAGGCUGAAAAACUUAAUUAUAAAGAUAAGAAACUGAACAUUGGUCCGGCAAUAAGAAAACAACAAGUAGGGAUUCCUCGUUCCAGUAUAAUGCCAGCAGCUGGAACAAUGUAUCUAACAACUUCAACUGGAUAUCCUUACACUUAUCAUAAUGGUGUUGCUUAUUUUCAUACUCCAGAGGUAACUUCUGUACCACCACCUUGGCCCUCACGUUCUGUAUCUAGUUCCCCAGUGAUGGUAGCUCAGCCUGUUUAUCAGCAACCUGCGUAUCACUACCAGGCCCCUGCACAAUGUCUACCAGGACAGUGGCAGUGGGGUGUUCCUCAGUCUCCUGCCUCUUCUGCUCCGUUCUUAUACCUGCAACCUUCUGAGGUUAUUUAUCAACCAAUGGAAAUUGCACAAGAUGGUGGAUGUGUUCCUCCUCCACUAUCUCUGAUGGAAGCUUCAGUUGCAGAGCCUUAUUCUGAUCAUGGAGUUCAAGCAACAUAUCACCAGGUUUAUGCUCCCAGUGCCAUUGCUAUGCCUGCACCUGUGAUGCAGCCUGAACCAAUUAAAACAGUGUGGAGCAUUCAUUAUUAAGACAAUUGGGCAGCUCUAGUCCAGCUCAACUGAUUUCUUGUCUAAUGAUCCUUGUGUGGCCGAGAUCCAGCUUCAACGAACCGGCUAGAAGCUGCCCAUUGUGAAACUUAGGGUUAGUUAAUACCUCACCAUAUUUAUUCCACUAUAAGCUGUCUAAAUUUGAUGAAAUUUGUUUUUUCAGCUGUUCUACAAAAUUAUUAGGUAUAUGUGGCAUGUUGGUGUUUUUAUGUGUUAAUCUAACUGUAGUGACAUUUUCUACAACAUGUUUUAUCCAUUCCAUAAAUAAUAACCACAUUGGGAAUAGUGAGGUGUCUUUCAUGUUCUCUGCUUUGUGUUAUUUCUUUUCCUCUCAACCUUUUAGAAGUUAUGUUUCACAUUCUUUGCUAUUUAUUUUAAUAUUUAGGAUAAAAGUCAUUCCUAAUUCUAAUAGAAUUUUUAAUACUUUCGUGCCUUUUGCAUAUAGUGUAUUUAAUGUUAAUUCAGUUCUACUACUUUGCUAUUUUGUCAUUUAAUAUGCUUUUGUCUAAUUUUUUAUUUAUUGUUACUGCUACACCUUAUUUAAUUUUGCUUCUGCCAUGGUUUUCAGAAUUUUAAUAGUAUUUAUACUGCUUUUUUUAUAACAUUUUCCAAAUAUUAGAAAUACCAUCAACGUGAUCGGUAUUCUUGCCUUUUCAUGUGAUUAAUUUGACUAUGUUAAAUUUUUUCUCUAAUAUUUGAGAUAAUGCUGCAGCCUUCCUAUAACAUAAGCCAUUUGGCACCAAAUUUUAUAUAAUAUGGAUCAACUAGUAGAAGUGUUUUGA